AUGCGAUGGGCAGCACCCCUGCGCCCACUGCGUAGAUGCGCAGAAUUUGGGUUGGGCUGCGAGUACGUCCGCGAAAGAAAGAAGAGAGGCAAGGCGUCUCGGAAGGACCUUGCGGCGCAAGCCGCUGCACAAGCUGCGGCCGGAGGCCCGGGACAGGGUCAACAAUCACCCUCCGACGACAACGGCCACGCGUCAGAGCAAUCCGAGUCUGUCGGUGGCAAGAACGGCCAGCCCUUGGGCAGCGACCCGCAACAAAACCAUGGCGGAAAGGGUAUAGACGACCUCAGCGACGAUGCCAUGCAACACAGUCAGAGGACAGGCUCGCUCGACAGCCUAGGAGACUUGACCGGCCAUCCAGCUCACUUAUCAACUCACCACGGAGACCAUAUGGAAAGUCCGACAGCAAUGGAUCUCAACAGCUACGGCGGCGUUCAUGGGGGAUACGACAGACAAAACCUAGGUGCACACAUGAUGCCGGGGCCAGCCCACGCAGGUUACGCUCCCACUCAGGGCGGGAUGUCAGCGUAUCCCGAUAUUCCGUAUGCCAUGCAGACCCAGAGCCCGACAGCGUACGCCAACAGCGCGCCGUUCCGGAUCGCCGCCAGUCCCAUCAGCGCAUAUCCCUUGGGGGGUGAAGCGACAUCCCCAGAAUGGAUAUCCAUGUCACCUCCGCCGGCACAGUACCAGUCCCACAUGCCCUCGAGCAGCUACGGCCAUGCCACCCAACAGCUGCGAUAUCCCGUGUUGAAGCCACUGGUCCCUCAUCUAGGGAACCUCAUCCCGCUCUCCUUGGCCUGCGACCUGAUUGACCUCUAUUUUGCAUCGUCGUCGUCGGCGCAGAUGCACCCAAUGUCACCUUACGUCUUGGGUUUCGUCUUCCGCAAGAGAUCCUUCCUUCACCCGACCAAGCCGAGACGCUGUCAGCCUGCUCUUCUGGCCAGCAUUCUCUGGGUUGCGGCGCAGACCAGCGACGCUCCUUUCCUGACCAGCGUGCCAUCGGCACGUGGCAAGAUCUGCCAGAGACUGCUGGAGCUGACCGUCAGUUUGCUUAAGCCACUUAUCCACACGCCAUCCGGCGACACGUCUCCCGUCACCAGCCCUGUCAUUGACGGCGUCGCGCUUGGCGGGCUGGGAGUCGCACUUCCCGGAUCCAUCAGCAUGGAUGCGUUGACGGGUGAAUCCGGGCCGUUCGGUGCUGCCGGGACUCUGGACGACGUCAUUACCUACAUCCAUCUUGCCACCGUGGUUUCCGCAAGCGAGUACAAGGGCGCCAGUCUCCGAUGGUGGAACGCGGCGUGGUCUCUGGCUCGUGAGCUCAAGCUCGGCCGCGAACUACCACCGACGCCCCUCUCCAUAAGCCAGACCAACGGCCAUGAAGCGGAUGGCGACGCGGAUGGUGAAGAUGAAAUGGGCGGCGCCAGCCACCCGGGCGUCAUCAUGGAGGAAGAACGCGAGGAACGCCGUCGGAUAUGGUGGCUUACAUACAUUGUUGACCGGCAUCUGGCUCUUUGCUACAACCGGCCCCUGUUCCUGCUCGAUCUCGAGUGCGCCGGUCUCUUGCAGCCGAUGGACGACAAUGCGUGGCAGAAUGGGGAGUUCCGCCCUACUCAUGUCGCGACCGACCCCAGCCUCGGAGACCCUGCGCCCGGCCAGCACAGCCGUGUACGUGGCCCGCACUUUGAAUGUACCGGGCACGGCAUAUUCGGGUAUUUCCUUCCCUUGAUGACCAUCCUUGGCGAGAUCGUCGACCUCCACCAUGCUCGGAACCACCCGAGGUUUGGCGUCGGUUUCCGCUCUGCCCGCGAGUGGGACGACCAGGCCAGCGAAAUCACGCGCCACCUCGAGGCCUACGAGAAGAGCCUCAAGCGGUUCGAACAACAACACCUCACGCGGAUCAACCUCAGCUUGGACGACAAGGGCGACGUGACCAACCCGGAGGGCGUGGAGCACGGCCCGAUUGCAGACAUUGGCACCCCGUCCGUCCACUCGGUGCACACAAACGCCUCGAACCGCAUGACGGAGAGCGACAUCCAGACCAAGAUCGUAAUGGCCUACGGCACGCACGUCAUGCACGUCCUGCACAUCCUGCUUGCCGGCAAAUGGGACCCCAUCAACCUCAUCGACGACAACGACCUGUGGAUCUCGUCCCAGGGCUUCAUCACCGCCACGGGCCACGCCGUGUCGGCCGCCGAGGCCAUCAACAACAUUCUCGAGUUCGACCCCGGCCUGGAGUUCAUGCCCUUCUUCUUUGGCAUCUAUCUUUUGCAGGGAUCCUUCCUCCUGCUGUUGAUCGCCGACAAACUCCAGCUCGAGGCGUCUCCCAGCGUUGUCAAGGCAUGUGAGACGAUUGUACGAGCCCACGAAGCCUGCGUCGUGACGCUCAACACAGAAUACCAGCGCAACUUUAGCAAGGUUAUGCGAAGUGCUCUGGCGCAGGUCCGGGGACGGGUACCCGAGGAUCUUCACGAGCAGCACCAGCGCCGGCGGGAGCUGCUGGCUCUGUACCGCUGGACUGGCGACGGCACCGGACUGGCACUCUGA